GUGUACGUCAGUCACGUCAGUGUCAGUAUUGUAAUUUGUAAUAAUUUUGUUAAGUAUAUUGGACGAUUUUUUGUUAAUGAGAUUUACUACAAACGUUGACAUUGAUUUCUUGUUAUUUAUAUUAUCGUUCAUGAAGAAGUAAUCAAUUAAAUUAAUCAGUAAAGGAAACUGGGUGCUUGGACAUAUGGUGUGAAAUUCCAGCUAUAAGUAGAGGAAUAUAGGUGAAAGGUCUUAUAAUGCAAUGCUACCUAGAAGGAGGCGUGUUGGCUCUGAAAAUGAGCCCCUCAUUCUAGGAGGUCCAACUCCUUGGAGUCAACAAAGCAGUUUCACUUCGGGUGGAUACCCCAAUAAUGUGACCGACGAUUUUUCCUUAGAAGAUACCGUUGAACCAGAACCAGUUAUGGCUGCAAGAGAUAGAACCGGAGAAUUUGUGAAUACUGUCCAAACGUUGCAGGGAAGGAACAUAGUUAGGGCAGUAUCGGCACAAGAUCCAAAAAAAUCAAAAGCAAUACAAAGCCAUUCUGAGUUUAUGUUGGUUGCUAAAAAUGUCGGAAGGAAUAUAACAAGCACAUACGCAAAAUUAGAAAAAUUAACAUUAUUGGCUAAAAGGAAAUCUUUAUUUGAUGAUAAAUCUUCAGAAAUUCAGGAAUUGACAUAUAUGAUUAAGGGAGAUUUGAAUAGCUUGAAUCAGCAGAUUGCUCAGCUGCAAGAAGUCUCGAAAAGACAAAGACACCAAUCUAACGGGAAACAUCUACAAUCCCAUUCCAGUAAUGUAGUAUUAGCUUUACAGUCUAAAUUAGCUAGCAUGUCGACACAUUUCAAACAGGUUCUUGAGGUCAGAACUGAAAAUCUAAAACACCAAAAAAGUAGGAGAGAGCAGUUUUCCCAAGGGGGUCUUCCACCUCCUAGUGGACCCACUCAAGGUAGCUUAUUACUACAAGAGGAGAAUCAAGUCAGUAUCAACUUGGAAAACACAGCUCUGGUACCUCAACAACGAACUCAGUUACAAGCAGCCUUGAUGUACGAUGAAACAGAUAAUUAUUUGCAGAACAGAGCUGAAACCAUGCAAUAUAUUGAAUCAACGAUAGUAGAAAUAGGUGGAAUUUUUCAACAGUUAGCGCACAUGGUUAAAGAGCAAGAGGAAACGGUCGAAAGAAUCGACUCCAAUGUGGCUGAUGCGGAACUGAAUAUUGAAGCGGCCCAUGCGCAGAUUGUUCGGUAUUUCCACUCUGUAAGUUCUAAUAGGUGGUUGAUGAUUAAAAUAUUCGGAGUACUGAUUAUGUUCUUCAUUUUCUUUGUUGUAUUUUUAGCAUAAACGGCGAUGUAUAGUUUUUAAUGUACUAUUCAAUUGUAAAUAAUUUUAUACAAAUAUUCACUUUGAAAAGUAAAAUGAAAUUAUUUAUAGAAGUUAUCAAUUGGUCAGCAGAUUUUAUUCAGAGAAUAAAGGUGAUUUUCUGA